GAUGGGCUUAUCCCAUAUUUUUGGAUAUCUAAAAAGCUUAGAAGCCAAAAAUUCUUUACAUGUAGCAAUAGCUUAUAUUUUGGUUGCAUACUUUUUUCAUGCUGUGUAGAUAACAUUUUACAAAUCAGCACAUUUUACUGUAGUGCCAUAAAGUUUAUUUUUGAGAUCAUUUUUUUCACUUACCUUUAUAUUUAUGUUCUAAUAUAAGGAAAACUAUCAUCCAAAGAAUAGAACUAGAUAUUUGAUAUAAUCCUAAACGUUAGGGGCUGUUGGAUCAUUAUUUUAUUUUUAUGGAAUAAAUUUCAUUUCUCUUUCUGAGGGAGCUAUAUUAUUUGCUACAAAUUCAAUUUGGAGUUAAUUGAUGGUAAGUUUUAUGAAUAGAGAAAGAAUAACAAAAUCUAGAUUUUUAAAUUCUAUUAUAUGUAUUAUUGGGAUAGUGUUAGUUGUCAACCCGACAGUCACUGUUGAUGAUCCUUUGAUGCAUAUCGUUGGUUGUCUAUGUAUAUUGAUUUGUAGUGUAAUACAAUCACUAGGAUUUAUUAUAAUGAAAAAGAUAGGUCCUGAGGUUCCUUCGACAAUCACUACAUCAUAUUUUCAUAUAAUGAUCAUUAUUACUUCAAGUCUACAAUAAUAAUAUAUUGGCAGAUUUGAAUAUUUCGAUGGUUAUUAUAAAUAUAUAGCUGGAUUCUCUUUAUUUACUAUGUUAGGAUAACUAAUUUAAUUUAGAGCCUAAACAUUAGUUACUUAUGAUAAGUUAUGCAAUUAUACUUAUUCAUAAACUCUGUAUAUUAUUAUAAUAGAUUAUGUAAUCUUCAAUAAAAUACUAAGUUUGAAUGGAAUCAUAGGUGGAAGUUUGAUUUUAUUCGGGGUUUUCAAAUAAUUAGCAGAAGACAAGAAAUCAAGAGGUUGAU